UCUAAUUUAAUUUUUUGUAAAAUUAAAAAUUAUACUCUGAUAGUUUUUUUUUUCUUACUAUGUUUAGCACUAAAAAAAAAUUGGGGAUUAAAAAAAAUUUCGGUUUUUUUUUCAGUAAAUACAAUCAGAAAAAAAAGGGGUAUUUUCUGAAAGAAAAUCUUGAUCUCUUUGGGAUCGGAAUAAGAAAUGAUCAAAUUUUCAUUAGGAAAUUUUAUAAUCAAAUCUUUUUUUUAAAAAAAAUUUGUCAUUAUUAUUUACACGAAUGGCGCAGAAAAUGGAAAAUCUAGAGCAUAAGCAGAGCUUUUAGUCCUUAUAUAU